AAGGGACAGCUGAUGCUCGGAGCCAAUAGGGAAAGGGAUUGCUCUGGGGUUUCAAGAUGGCAGCGCGCAGGUUUCCGAGGAAAGGGAAAGGGGCUGGGAUGGAGUGAGCCCCGAACCUUUCGGCCUUGGUUGGAGAAGAGAUCGGGACCCGCCGGUCGAGGUCCGGCAUCGGAUCCUAUUGCCCUUUCGCCGCUCAGAAGAAGGGCUAUGAGGUGACGGGAAGAUGGCGAGCGACGCGGGGAAGAAGCAGUUUUGGAAGCGGAACGCGUCUCGGGUGCCGGGCAGUAUUCAACAUGUAUAUGGAGCUCAGCAUCCUCCUUUUGAUCCACUGCUGCAUGGAAAUUUAAAACAAGGACCCAAGCCUCCUACGACCCCAGUAAAAACAAAGAAAGUCAGCACAUUUCAGGAAUUUGAAAGCAACACGAGCGAUGCCUGGGAUGUAGGGGAAGAUGAUGACGAACUUUUAGCGAUGGCUACAGAAAGCCUCAACACUGAUGUAGUCAUGGAAACGGCCAACAGAGUAAUUCAGAAUCACAGUAAAUUACAAGAGCAGCACAAAUUGCAGGAGGAACAGAUAGAAAGGGAACAGCCCCAGAAAAUUUCAGACUUGCCUUCAGCUGCAUGUGGUGACAACAGACUGGUUAAAUCUGUCAGUGAAACAAACGCAUCAACUUCUGCAGAUGACACUAAUGGAAAUACUUCUGUGCCAAGAUCUCAGUCUCUUCCACAAGCCUCUACACAUGCACUUACUGGUGGGGUGGCAGAUAAUGCCUCUGGUGUUCAUGUAUUAUCUGAAAGAGAAGCAUUGCGAUUAGAUAAAUUCAAACAGCUUCUUGCUGGCCCAAAUACAAACCUUGAAGAAUUGCGGAAGCUGAGUUGGUCAGGAAUUCCAAAACUUGUACGACCAAUUACAUGGAAGCUCCUGUCAGGUUAUCUUCCUGCAAAUACAGAUAGGCGAGAAGGCACUUUGCAAAGAAAACGGAAAGAAUACUUCGCUUUCGUUGAACAAUAUUAUGAUUCAAGAAAUGAAGAAACUCACCAGGAUACAUACAGACAGAUUCAUAUAGAUAUUCCUCGCAUGAGUCCAGAAGCUUUAAUUCUUCAGUCCAAAGUAACAGAGAUUUUUGAAAGAAUUUUGUUCAUCUGGGCAAUACGCCAUCCAGCCAGUGGAUAUGUUCAGGGCAUUAAUGACCUCGUGACUCCUUUCUUUGUUGUUUUCACUAGCGAAUAUACAGAAGAGGAUUUGGAAAAUUUUGAUGUUUCCAGUCUUUCUACUGAGGUACUGCAGAAUAUUGAAGCUGACAGUUUCUGGUGCAUGAGCAAACUGCUUGAUGGCAUUCAGGAUAACUAUACCUUUGCUCAACCUGGUAUUCAGAAGAAAGUGAAAAUGCUGGAAGAACUUGUUAGUCGGAUUGAUGAGCAAGUACAUAAACACAUAGAACAAUAUGAAGUGAAAUACCUUCAGUUUGCUUUCCGCUGGAUGAAUAACUUAUUGAUGAGAGAAGUCCCGCUGCGGUGUACCAUAAGACUUUGGGACACAUACCAGUCUGAACCAGAAGGUUUUUCCCACUUCCACCUAUAUGUCUGUGCUGCCUUCCUUGUCAGAUGGAAAAAGGAAAUCCUUGAGGAAAAAGAUUUCCAAGAACUACUAAUAUUUUUACAGAAUUUGCCUACGAUGCACUGGGGAAACGAAGAUAUCAGCGUUCUCCUUGCUGAAGCCUACAGAUUGAAGUUCGCAUUUGCAGAUGCUCCGAACCAUUACAAGAGAUAAAAAAAAAAAUUACAAAGUGUGGCUCUGAUUGUGACAUCAAGUUUCCAUAUUGUGGUUGUUGUGCUGGCACACAAUUGUCUACAGUUUCUGUAUUACUGUUGAGCAAGAAGCUAUAGGAUUACCAAAGAAAUGAGCAUACAGGCUUGGGGGAAAAUCUUGUGUACUUAAAAAGAAAUAUUCUUGUUCGCUGAUUUAAAAAAAAUUAAAUUUUAUUUUCAUUAUGGUCCCUUUUUUCUUUGGUAAUUGAGUUACCAUGCAAAUGAAUAAAGUGUGUUACAUUCAUUGGGAUCUAAUGACUGAUUGUGUUGUCUCCAUCAGUUUUAUUCCUAGUCAAUUAUGUUCAACAUUUUGAUGGAAGCAUUUUUGGUGUCUGAGGUGCAUGCAAGCUAAUAAGAACAAUCAGUCUUGCAUUGAAAAUGAGUACAACUAAAUUAGGCAAGAAGGUCAUGUAGAGGUGAUUGCACACUUAUUUUGUUCGCAAACAUGGAAUAUUUAACUCCUUUUAAUAGAAAGUUUGUUUACACAAUGAAAUCCAGGAGUAGAUUUUUAUGGAACACAAUAUUUAAAACUUGAAAAUAAUGCCACGUGCGUGAUCAAAUGAGAUCCUCGGACAUUUUACUCAGCAGUGUGCAGAUAAUGUUUACUGUGUUAUUUGACUUUAGAGUUUCCAAAACAUAUUGACUAUAGAAUAGGAAAUAAGUUUGGUUUGCCAUAAUGUAUUACUUAAGCUACUGGUUUAAAACCUUUUUGUGCAUGUAGAUUUUUUAGUUUCAAUAUUUUCCUAAUUAAAAUCUUACUUUAUACAUGAAGAAUAUAUUUUGAUGUGCUAUUGCCUUAUGUUGAGUUUAUAAUACGAUGGGGCACUUGAUAAUGUGAUUCGGUAUGAGUGUGGGUGUACCUCAGCUCUUAUAAUAUAAGCAGGGAGUUACAGUGUGCUGAUCAGGUUCAGAAAAUUGGACUGAUGAAAUCUCCUCAAACGUACUCUCUUGCAACCAUCAUGCAGAGUUCUUGAUUAAUUAAGAGCCAAUUUAUAUAAAAAUAUGUAUGUUUAGCAGCAACUUAGUGCUAAGAAUUCAGUGAAAGGACGUGGUUAGUAAUAUAAAUGAUUUGGCUUUCUAAAAUAUUCACCAACCAUUAAUCUUUUGAAGCGUCCAAUUUAACCGAGGUGAUUUAUUCUUUAAGAUUGUAUAUUUAACAUACAAUUGACCGAGCCAAGUAUUCUUGAUCUUUGUAUAGAGGAAAGGUUAUUGCAAAAGUAGCAAUGAUACCAAUAUGCUUUUAGUAUACCAGAUCUACUAAAUAUGAUCUAUGAAAACCUCUUUAUCACUCACAUCUUCACUAAGUCCUGAACCAAUCUGAACUAUAAAUGGAAUAAGAUAAUAUUAGGAGCUCUUCAUGUGUGCCUUUAAGUCUUUAUUUGAAUGUCUUAGUGUGGCUGUAUAUGUUGACUUCCUUUCUGAAUGGCUAGAUGCCAAACUACAUGAUAAUUACAGGCAAUAGCACUAUUUUUCUGGCCUUUCAUAGGCUGCACAGAUGUUUUAAAAGUUUCUUGUUUAAAAGACAUUUUGUUCAGUGGAGCAUUUGCCAUAUUCUCUUUCUGAUAUUGUUUAACUAUGCGUUCAGAUUGUGUUGGGCUAAGUGAUUGCGAAACAUAUUCCAGUUCCAUUUGAGUUCCUCAUUUUCAAAUGCAUGCUUUUAACAGCUUUAUUGAACAAAGCAGAGUAGUUCUGUUAUUAUCGUAACACAGGUGCACAGUCACAAAGAGGAUACAAUUUAUGAGAACUUCCAAGUCAAUAGUGACCUGAGGGGGCUACAUUAUUGAGGAGUUACACCAUCCCUUUCUGUUAAGGUAUCGGUGUUAAUUCUAAUCCUAUCAUCCAUCUACUAAUAUACCAUGCAAAGUCAUUCACAGCCAAUGUAUUCCAAUAGAUUCUUGACUUUAAUCAUAUAAUGGAAAUGGCAUUUAGUUUUUCAGAAUUCCCCCCCCCACACACACACACACACUAAGUUUGUAAGCCACAAGGGUUAAAGGAUUUUUAAACAUGAGGAUACUUUAAAGUUCAGUGCAUUAUUAUUUUUAAAUUGUUAGAUUGUGUGUCAAAUAAAAUAAAUAAAACCUUCCCCGCCCUCAAGGAAAAAAAUAAAAAUCAAACCAGCUGAAAUGCAAUGAGAGUGAAAAUUGUAUGAAUCAUUAAAAAAAGAAGAUAUAGAGCACAUGAAUUUGUACUUUUUAAAUUGUAUAAUUUGCAUAGGAAUUUCUCUUAUGUAAAAUGAGUCUGUUUUACUGUGUUAAAUGUAUUUGGAGAACUGAAAAAGAAUGUUAAUUCCAUUUGAUAUGACUUUCAGGCUUUGUUAGGAUCAUUAUUGCUUCCUCUUCAAAACUGAAUAAUAUUUCAUGCUGUGAAAAAAACAACCACCCUUGAGUACAUCAGAAACAAAGGGUGAAUCUAUCCUCCAAUGUUGUUUUAUAAAAAUUGGGUAUUUAAGACAGCUGAUAUCAUUCUGGCCAUAUGAUACAUUAUCUAUGUACUUAUUUUUUUUCCUUGAAAUUGUGUCUUGAUUUCUUUGUAUAACUCAGGAAAAGUGCCACCCCAACCAGCUGUUAUAUGGAAAAAAAUAUUUCUGCCACUUUUACAUCCCUUUGUUAAAAUUUUGAAUUGCUCUCUAAUAUCAAUAUUCUUCCAUUUAAGAUUUAUUAAUGUAGAAAAGAUAUUGGAACAAUUCAAUAAUUUAGCAUGAUCUGUAAUGUUAUAUUGAAGGCUUAAAGCUACCUUGUCAUAAAUGCAAUAUUAAAUGUACAGUGCAUAUAACCGAUUUCUAUCUAUAGUAUAUGCUUAGUAAUGUAAAUAAAAACAAUGUACUAAAUAUGUAAAUAUAAAAUAUGAAAGAUACAGCUAUCUUGCAAUCACCUGUACAUCUCAAAUAUACUAUAACAAACUAGUUGCACUAGUCUUUAAUUUCAUAUGGAAAAGCCCAUAGAUUUGUAUUACAUCAAUAAAAUGUAAUUAAUACCCAA